GACUUUGUGGUCGGUGGGAGGUCUCUGUUCUUUCAGGAUGGGGCAUUUUAGCAGUUAGACAUCAGCCAGCUGAGGAUCAUUCACAUCUGAGGCUUUCUCCCUUCAUCAUGGAGUUUGGACUGUGCUGCUGCACUUCCGGAUUGAGCCAUCCUUGGCCAGAGGAGGAAAGUCAUGGGAGCAUUGCACAGACUUGCAUCCCUUGGAUCUUCUCUCUGAAGUGGUUCCCAUGAACUGGGUGAAAAGUGGAAUACGAAUGAUCCAAAUCCAAGGAGCACGUGGCUUCCAGCUUUCUGCAACAAACCCUCGCUUCCUCAAUUUUCCAGCAUCACGGAUUUUCAUUUACUGUGACUUAUUCCCAGAGGAAUUCUCCAUUGUGUUUACUAUAAAAACUUCCCACAUGCAAUUCAGGAGAAAUGAAUACAUCUUCACAGUUUUGGAUGAAAACAGUGACACGCUGCAACUUGGACUCCGAUAUUCACAGAGUAAACUGCACUUUCUCUUCUGGAGCAGAAACCUUUUGAAUGGUUGGCAGACACAAAUUACUUUUCGGGAUGUCUUUUUGGCGGACAACCAGUGGCAUACGCUUGUAUUGGCAGUAUCUCAAGGCUCCUUCUCUCUCACUGUGGACUGCAGCAUCCCCAUAGAUGUGAUUGCAGAUACUGCUUUUCCAACAUUCUUGACUAUGACAGGAACUCGAUUUUAUAUAGGAAACAGAAGAAGAAGAAAAGGUUUCUUUACUGGCUUGAUAAGGCAGCUAGUCCUCUUGCCAGGAUCUGAUGCCACUUCAAGGAUGUGCAUUGGCAUGAAUGUUAAUCUAGCAGUGCUGUCCAUCCCCCAAAUUCUGCAGGAUCUGCCUGUGAAACCUGCGGGCAAUGAGCUGCUGAAAUACCCUUACGAAGCAGAUAUGAAGCUGACUUUGGGUUCCCGCCCUCCUUGCACCAAGACUGAAAGUGGCCAAUUCUGGUUCAACAUUGUUCAGAAGGGAUUAUAUCUCUGUACCGGAAAUGAAUGGAUUUCCAUGCUAGAAGUUGAAGAAAGAUUGGACUAUUUGGAAGAAUACCAGAGAUUAGCUACAAAUUCUGAAACCUUGGGCAUUGAGAUCUUUGUCAUCCCUAAGGUGGGUCUUUUUGUAGCUACUGCUAAUCGCUUCACUCCUCCUGGAUCAGCCAUUUACAAAUGGAUUGAUGAAAAAUUUGUGCCUUACCAAAAUCUCCCCACCUACCAAGCUCAGUCCUGGGAAUUCUUCACUGUGGGAAAAAAGCUUUUCCUUGUAGUGGCUAAUCUUGAUCAGACUCCAAGGGGUCAUGAGUUUUCUAUAAUUUAUAAAUGGAACUAUAGAAAAGAGAAAUUUACUGUGUUCCAGAGGAUUGCCACUCAGAGUGCUAGGGAUUGGGAAGCAUUUGUUAUUGAUGGAGAGACCUUCCUUGCAGUGGCUAAUCACAGAAAAGGAGAUAACCAUAAUAUCAAUAGUGUCAUAUAUAGAUGGAACUCUCGAAGAGGGCUUUUUGAAGCCAAUCAAACUAUUCCUACCUCAGGAGCCUAUGACUGGGAAUUUUUCACCAUUGGUCCUUACUCCUUUCUGGUGGUAGCCAAUACAUUCAAUGGAACAUCCACCAAGAUUUAUUCUAACAUCUACAUUUGGCUCAAUAGGGGUUUCCAGCUUUUCCAGUCAAUCUUGACUUUUGGUGCUGCUGACUGGGAGGUCUUUUACAUCCAAAACAGAGUCUUCCUUGCUGUGGCAAACAGUCAUAGUUAUGACAGUAGCACUGUACCACCGAUCAACACUUUUGCCAUUAAUUCUUCCAUUUACGAGCUUAACAUCACAGCACAGUUGUUUGUCAAGUUUCAGGACAUCCCUACCUACAGUGCUUUAGACUGGGAAUUCUUUUCAGUAGGAGAAGACAGCUUUUUGGUUGUUGCAAAUUCCUAUGAUGGUGUGACCUUCUCUGUAAACAGUAUUAUUUACAGAUGGCAAGGAUAUGAAGGUUUUGUAGCAGUUCAUCAUCUUCCAACAUUUGGCUGUAGGGAUUGGGAAGCUUUCAACACUACAGCUGGUUCUUACCUUAUGUAUUCAAGUGCAAAAGAACCCCUCUCCAAGGUGCUGAAGCUGAAAUUUUUUUGACCUGAACGGACAUUUUUGAGUUUCCUGCCAUAAGCAAAGAGCAUGGACUUGGGAAGAAUUGUUUUAGUUAUUCAGAGCUAUAAUGAAAUUUGUUAUACUUCAAUUAAUACAGCCAAUAUAAGACAGAAAUAUUAUUCUGGCGCUUCUCAGCUAGCUGAGUGGGAGGCUUUUGGAAAUUAGAUUUUAACAGAUCCUUUCUGCUAUUAAGUUGAAUUGCAUGACUGUACAUUUGAGCUGGCCAAAGCUAUUUGUGAAUUCGGAACCUUUGGUUUCCUUAUUCUACCCUGUCCCCAUUAUAUUUAUGAACAUCAUACCUACCCUAAAAAGCUGCCAAUACAAUUCAUACCAUCAGGCACAUCUGAGCAUUCAUUGCUUCUGAAGUAGGACAGUGGACUUCAAAAAAGGCAUCUAUCUGGCAUCUAUUUACUACUGAAAAUGUUUGGGAAUACAAAUUUUUGCUGACCUCUUCCAACUCCUUGUCUGAAUAUCAACUACUGUGACAUUAUGGGAAGAGCAUACGGUAGCAAUGCAACAUAUUUAUAUAUGUCAAUCAAUUCCAGCAACACACUCAUUAUCAUGAAAAGAAUUCUGAUGUAGAAUUCUUUUUAGGAGAAAUUGCUAGAGGUUUUUUUAAAAUAUAAAAUUCUGUAAUAUAUGAGGUUCAUGGGCCCUUAAAGGCCCAACUGCUUUUUUGGUUUUUAUGAGCAAUUUCCAGAUUUGAAUCUCAGGGUUUCAAGGAAAAAAAAAAUCUGAGCUCUGGUGAGAAAAUUCAAAAUUCAAUUAUUCCACUAUUACUGGCUACCCUAGAUUGCAUGUCAUAUAUUCCUUAUUGUAGAAGGGGUGUGUUUUCAUAAAAAGUCUUGGAUUCAUUAUGAGUCUUCCAGGUUUGUAUUCUCCAGUUUUGCAGCAUAGCUACAAGGAAAGAAAAGCCGAUAUUUUAAAAAAAAAAUUUAAAAUAUGUUUUAAGCUUUAGGAAAUAAUGCUUCUGAACCUUUUUCACAUGGGGACAUCAGGAAAGCCCAGUACCUUUAUAUGGAUUUAUGAUAACUCUGCAAUAAAUUCCAAUUCUAGUAGACCCUAGUUUUCUUAGUUUAUUUUCCCAUGUUAGAUUGUGAAUAGUAAAGCUUGUUUGCUGCUAAAAUGUAUUAUUGUCCAUUCACAAAAUAUUAUAUGUAAAUUGUUGAUGGUCACAUUUGUUAUAUGGAAAUAUGGAGGUGGAAUUAUUUAUUAUUGGGAUAAUAUUUACAGUAUUGAAAGCAGUUCCUAAUAAAAUAAACAGAGUGAUUUGCACCAUCUCAGAGGUGCUGUGUCAGAGCUUAUUUGCAUUCAAACUUCAUCUCAGAUGAAGUCUAACUACAGCUACAAAGUCUGAGCUCCCAUAAUUUAAGAACUGGAGUUAUCCAGCCUGGAUUCAAUUUGACAUUUAUAAAGCAAAAUGAGAAAACUUAAGAAUUUAUCACAAUACUUGUAUUUACUUCAAACAAUAGAUGGUGAAAUUAUGGUAUUUCAUAUAUGUGAUGUGGGGCAUGUGUUUAAACCAAAAACACUAGCCAGAACAGGAAAUAAGUACACUGAGUAUGAUAGAUUGCAGUUUGCCGUGGAGUCUGCUUUGCCUUUGCCCUCAGGUUAGACUGUCUGCUUUCAUCUGCAAUGGGGGAGACUGUUAUAUUUGGAUCUAUUUUUGGAAAAAAGUAUACAGAAAUUGGAAAAGGAAUACAUGGGCUUAAGUCCCCAAUCCAGGAUAUAGUUCAGUGGGUAACUCUGGCCCAGUCACUUUCUGUCAGCCCAAACCAAGACACAAAGACAUGAUAGCAGGGAUAAAAUGCAUGGAGACCCCCCUCCCCAUUCCAUCUGCCAUUCAAUUAAAAUAUCUUAGUAUCAAUAACUUUUUGGAGUACUGGGUACCAUUGCUUGAUCUCACUGGAUCAACAAAUAUCACAAAAGUCAGCUUUCAAAGCUGAAUGAAAAAAUAAAGCUUAACCUUAAAUCCUGAGAGAUCCAAUGCAGAAUGCCAACAUCUCAUGAGAUUUGGUGAUCUUACUAAUGUGAAAUCUUUUUUGUCCUUUUUUAAAAAACAGAUUACAUAUUUCAUUUUUUAUUCCUCAUAAAGCUAUCAUGAAUGCUCUGUCUUCUGCAAGUCCUGUGUUGUCAACCUUUGUAGUAGAUCAAAGCAAUUCUUGAAUCAAUAUAUAUUUUGCACCUGAGAAAUAAUAGUCAAAGAUCUUUCCUUCUGCUACGUCAGCAUCAUAACUGCUUCUUCUAUUAAGCCAAAUUGUAAGCCAUUUAGUUUACAUUUAGUAAUGUUUGAUUCCAUAUUUUAUUGUAUGCUUACAUC